AUGGCAGAUUUCUUGGAAAUCCAUCCAUGGAAGAAGAUUGAAAACAUGGAUUCCAUGGAUAUAGCCAACGUAGAUCUACUAAGUAGAGCUCACACUUAUCUCAGUAAUCCUAUAUACUUAGUCCAUCUCACCCCAUGGAAGCUAUAUUUUGAUGGAUCUAAACCCAUCCUAACCUCUGGUGCAGGAAUUGUUUUAGAAGAUUCGCUGGGAAUGAAACACUGCUACUCAUUUCAGCUGGACUUUCAAUGCACCAACAACAUAGCAGAGUACGAAGUUUUGAUCAUUGGCCUUGAAAUGUUGAUAAAAUUAGGAGUCCAGUUUGUGGAAAUCCUAGGAGAUUCUAUGCUUGUUCUGAAACAGAUCGUAGGAGAAUUUAAACCCUUCUUUAGCUGUUUAUUUGGUGUCAGCCAGAAACCACUUGGUGGAAUUCAAGGAGGCUACUUGGGAACAUAUUCCAAGGGAAGAAAAGUUUGCAACCAAUGA